UUCAUCGGCCGUUGCCUUUAGUUCCUGCUCCUCUUGGCGUCCCUUAUGAGCGGCGGCCAUGCGGUCGUUGGUGGGCUUCUUGCUGGUCCUGGCAGCAGCCACGUCGGGCCUUUAUUUGCUAACUGCCUGGUUGCCUGGAGGGCCGCGCGCGGGAAGCGGGUCAUUAAAAUUCCCCUCAGAUCUAGAGGAACUACAAGAACUUGCAGAGUUUCUACAGUACUACAAUAAAGAGCACCAUGCAUACAUGAUUCUGCUUUUCUGUAGUGCUUACCUGUACAAACAAACCUUUGCCAUACCAGGCUCUAGCUUUCUGAACAUCCUUGCUGGGGCUCUCUUUGGACCAUGGAUAGGACUUCUGUUAUGUUCUACUCUGACUUCUGUGGGUGCUACUUGUUGUUAUGGACUAUCCAGUAUUUUUGGGAAAAACUUUGUUAUGUACUAUUUUCCUGAUAAAGUCACCAUGCUUCAGAGGAAGGUAGAAGAAAAUAGACAUUCCUUGUUCUUCUUCUUGUUAUUUCUGAGACUGCUCCCCAUGACUCCAAACUGGUUUCUGAAUCUUGCAUCUCCAGUCUUGAACAUCCAUGUAACUCAGUUUUUCUUCUCUGUUCUCAUAGGAUUGACUCCCUAUAAUUUUAUCUGUGUCCAGACAGGCUCAGUACUUUCACAGAUAUCUUCCCUGGAUAACAUUUUCUCCUGGAGUAACUUAUUCAAGAUGUUGGCUAUAGCCACGAUGGCAUUAAUCCCUGGGACUCUUAUUAAGAAAUUCAGUCAGAAACGUCUUAAUUUAGACAAAAGUGAACAGAAAAUUUACCUGCUGAAUGGAAGAAAAUACAACUGAAUAGACUAUCCCUAAAUAGAUAUCAGACAACGUGGAAUUGGAAAAUAGGUAUUUUGAAUCAGCAGUUCUGUUGUCAUUGAACUUUGGACUUCUUAUUGCUGUUUUAGGCAUCUUCUUUUGCUAAUGUAUAAAGAUGAGUCUUUUAAAAUACUGUUUUUUAAAAAGAGCUGAGACUGGUGUGUCCCAUUUUAUAAAAUUACUGGUGAUCCAGUUUAUCCAGAAGUCAGAAUUUGAGGGACCAAAUGGACCUGCAUCUAUUGAUUUGAGGAAAUCUAAAUCCUACCAUCACUGAGGAAGUAAGCCUGAAAUUGCUUGCCAGAUGAACAGCAUUUGUUUUGCACAUGAAGCAGUUACAAUAUUGUUUCUGGGCCAGAUAUUGAUUUGUUUAA